AUGAAUCCCCAACGAAAGGGCCUGUAUAAGCAAUUAGCGCCUACAAGUAUUAGGCUCUUUCGGCUCAAUCCCCAACCAACAGACAUCAGCGUUGGGACGCUUGAGCAAGUGAGAUUGGACGAGGCACCGCCCUACUACGCUCUCAGCCACUCCUGGGGCCAGGAGACUACUGGCUCCGAUAUUGUUUUAGGACGUAACAAGCUCACCCUGUGCAAUGACCUUGCCGUCGGGAUUCACAGGCUUCGCAUGAUUGCAGCAGACCCUGAGAGCUGUGAACCUCCUCUUGACUAUAUAUGGAUUGACAACAUCUGCAUCAAUUUGGAUGAUCCUAAGGAGCGGUCUGAGCAAGUCCAGCUUAUGUGUAGUAUUUACUCCAAGGCUGUCAAGACCCUGAUCUGGCUCGGGCCAGCUUUUACAUCAUCGUUUGAGGUGUGGGGUUUGGUCGGAAAUAUCUACAGCAUAUUUCGAGCUCAUCAUCCCACUAGCCAGUCAAUCGAUGACGUCGCAGGUCAUAUCUACUCAGACGAAUACCACAUCAAGUGUGGACUACCUAGCUGGAACCAACCGGUAUGGAGUAGCUUCCGGAUGCUACUGGAACUCAGGUGGUUCUCAAGAAUCUGGGUAGUCCAAGAGGUGACCCUCUCUGCCUUAGACCCAAUCAUCAUCCACGGCGAGCAUCUGAGAUCGUGGGAAAGUCUCGCUUGGUGUGCCUCAUGGCUACGUCGAAAGGGCUACGCAAGGCAUCCUCAAAUCCCCCAGCAAAUCCUCAAUAUAGAUGCGAUUCGCCUUUUGCGACAAUCUACAGUCAGAUGGCCUCUGGAUGCACUAAUGUCUAUCACACAAAUCAAAUUCCACGCUACAGAUCAGAGAGAUAAGGUCUAUAGUUUAUUCGGCCUGGCGUCAGAGUGUGAAGACCUGCUCCAGACACCAGAAGGACUCAAGCCCGACUACACUAUCACUGCCGAGCAGGCAUACUGUAGGGUCAGUCGGUGCCUUCUCGAGCGGAACGGAUCACUUUCUUUCUUUACACGAACACGUGGGACAACAGGGAGUCUUACCAGAAAAGCUCGACGACACGAACUGCCAGCCUUGCCAACGUGGUGUCCUGAUUGGAGUGAUUUCAACCAACACAAUAAGAGGAUUCGUGUCAGCCUCUCUUGGAUACACUCUUCAGACAAGUCUCAGCCUGCCAGGUUGGGCUUUCCAGCGAAUUACAAUGCCUCCUCGGGGAAAAGGGCGAAGCUGCACAAGUCAUCAGACGACUCAACACUUCAGCUUGACGGUGCAAGAGUUGACACUAUUGAACGGGCCGUCUGCUAUAAUGCAACAUGUGUUUCCAAGGAAGAAUUUGCGGAGGGCUUUGCAUCUACUAUGGUGCGCAUCCUGGAGGCUGCAAUGUUGCUUUUAACGCCACAAAACGUCACAGAGUGGUUGAACAACUUUAUAAGAACUACCACUGCAGACCAGCACCGCCUAAAUGGACGACUAUGGGACCAGACAGUCGCAGAUGGAUCUAGGUAUCUUUUGGAUCUCAUACAAGAGAUCUCUGAUCCUCAACCUUUCAGCAACGUGAUUGCACAGCUAGUAGACGCAUUAAACAGUACUUUAUCAGGCGGGAAUCCAGCAGAAUAUGCUGCACUCGCUCGCAACUUUGGCUUCAAUAGAAGUUUCAUAAUCACUCAAGACGGGCGAAUGGGACUUGGUCCGUCAGAUUCACGUCCCGGUGACGACGUCACAGUGCUACUUGGUGGCGAGGUUUUAUAUAUUCUGAGACGUACGGGUGAACAUUUCUCAUUUGUGGGAGAAUCAUAUGUUGAAGGACUUAUGGAUGGACAGGUUAUCGAGUUAUGCCAGAAGGAAAGAGCACAAAUAGAAUCUAUCACCUUAAGGUAG